AUGUUCGCCCAAAAAUCGACUUCGGUUGUACCCACGCACAAAACCCUGCGAGUUCUUCGUAAACUAGCACUCGCCGGAUCUACUGUUAGUGGUGUCUGCACCUUCGCAGUCUUAUAUGAUGUCAAUCGUCGAAUCACAUUGGCAGAGCAGAUAGUUGAGAAUAAACGAACCUUGCAAACGUCAGCGCCAAACUACGAUGCGACCUCUUCUGCCAAACGUCUGAAGAUCAUGAUGGAAGCGGCGGAGGCCGGAGAAUUCUUUGGAUUGGACUCCCUCAAACCACAGAGACGCCGUAAAGCCGCGAAUCCUCGGACUGCGAACACGCCACAAGAAUCGGAUAUCCGCAAGGAAAAGAACGUCGCAAAGUACUCACUUCGCACACAACCAGCAGAAUUAAGUGUUAAGUAUUCCAAAUAUUGGGGUAUCAGCGAGGAAGCUCUGGAACGCGAGAAUCAAGAAAGACAACUUGCUCUUGGGGCUUCGAAAACGCCUGUCGAUGUCAGAAUUCGUACAUACCUGGAACGCGAAAAGGAAGUCGACGCUGCAAAAUUCGCCAUGAGAUACAUGAACACCAAGCAUAUGGUCUCUUUAGUGAGACGUCAACUUCUCUGCGAUGUUUUCACGGCAAACUGCCUCAAGGGGAACAUCUUUAUUGCCCGUUCUCUUUUCGAAUUUAUGCAAAAAGUGACCGUGGUGGACUCAGAGAUUUGGGCCGUGAUGAUUCAUCUACUUGCCAAAGAAGGACAUAUUGAAUCUGCUGCCGAUAUCUUCGAGAGAUAUCACCUCACUCUUGCACUUCCGCUUCAUUUAUUGGAAAUCGUACUCCGUUGUUGUCUUGAGUCGAGACGGCUCACAUUGGCCGCAUGGCUUUUGUUCGCGCGUAUCAAGGAUGACCGCGACUGUGGUCUGUGUGGAGCGUAUCUUGAUGGGCUCUGGAGGAAAACCCAUGACAUCAAAAUCCUCAAUUCCGAAUUUCAAAAUCUCCUGUCCAGCUUAUCCAGAUUGGAGAUAAAGCCAACCGAGAAGAUCUUCAACCCGAUGGUCAAAUGCUAUAUCGAAUCCGGGGCCAAUGCAGAUGCCGAACAAUUAGUGAAAGACAUGUCUGAAAAGUUUGGCGUUCAACCAGGAUGUCGCUCAAUGGGUCUAAUUCUGUACGGCAGAGCUGUUCUAAGCGAUUGGGACGGAGUUUUUGACGGACUGCAUGAAAUGCACAAGCUCGGUCUCACACGUGAAAAGCAAGACUUUGUGCAUUCCUUUGAUCGUAUAUUCUUGGAGUACUAUUCAAAUCACUCGGGACCCGAAAUAUUUGAAUUUAUUGUCAAAUCUAUCAACACAUACGAGUUGGUUCCCGACAAGGUUCUCUAUCGGCACUUCCUGGAAGCUUUAAUUGAACGCGGCGACUCCGAGAUGGUCAACACUAUUAUGACCAUGGCCCAAGAGAACAAGUGGAAUUACGGUGUUAAUGAGACUUCAAUUCUCGAUAUCCUGAGCGCCCGCAAGAUAUCUAUGCAAAAGGCCCCUGUGGGAUCUUGGCGAAUGUUACAGGCGACAAAACAGCAAUAUGGAAGUGCGGCCUCCUCACGGCAAAUCCUGGGCUCUAGUGCCAAUUCUCUCAAGCUUACAUACCGAAGUGUUUUGGAACCGAUUCAUCGCAACGCCGAUGAAACGUAUCGUGAAAGCUUGGAGAAUCUCGCAACCAGGAAAUCCAUCGAUUACUACGUUCCCCUUGAGCAUCGAAUGGCAGGCUAUAUCCACGCGGGCAAAUAUACCGAAGCCCUUGAUAUAUACGAACGUGGUAACAAACAAGGGUAUGCCAUCAGACCGAUCCACCUCAAGCUGGCUACCAUCGCAGCGAUUUUUGCGGAUGAGCGAUCACUGGAGUUGAAGGGCCUAAAAUAUGCUCGCCAAAUUAUUCGACAAGACUGGCCGUACUGGUGUAAAUUGCCCACCGUCCGAUUCAGCCCAAAGUACCCGAACGUCUUGCCGAUUUUCUUCCAGACACUCGAUCAGAUCAACGGAAAAGCCGCUGGUGCAACCACUUUGCUGAAGUUGGCUUUGAUGGAAUUCAACAACAUCUGUUUUGAAGAGCCCCAUCUGACUGUCAAACCCCAUGCAUCAACCUCCUUAGCCCGAUUUCUCAUAAAAACAAACCGUGAGAGAGCUGCAAUCAAUGUUCUCACUACUGUCUACCUGUCCAAGUGGCGCAAAAUGUACGGAUUUGACCAAAUCCAAUUAAAAAUGCUUUUGCGCGCAUUCACCCUCACUCAGAAUCGCAGGGGUAUAUGGUGGUGUAUGAUGUCAGUCCUCUCUCGUAAAGGGACGCCGAAUAAAGAUUUCGUUGUCGAACUACAACGCCUGAUGCCUCGGAUAAGGAUCAAUGUUUCCAGACUUGGGUUUGAUGACGAUGUGGAAGUUCUCCAAGAUAUCUUUGUCGCGAUUUUGGAAAAGCAGAAGGGCUUAGGGGACUGGUCCCAAAUCAGCGUUGACCAGGCGCUGAAAGACAUCUCUCGCACGCAAACACAUAUCUCUCCUGAUGAAACGACAAAUCUACCCACUUUACCCCUCAGAGACACGAUCAUGAGCUUUGACGAGGAGAGGGAGUUUGAUUUCGUCCGCGAAGUCCAGCCGUCCGAGGCAAGCGAAUGGAAAGAGAUCAAGCUAGUGACCCAGUCCAAGAUUCCGCCUGAGCAUACUUCAUACCCUGCCUAUUACGCAGACCAUCACCCUGCCCCUCUGCAUCAGUAUCAGAUGCUGGGUUAUAAACCCAGACGCCGAGGUUCCCGAUAUCAUCACGAGAUUCAUCAUGAGGGCAGAAGCUUUGAGUAG